AUGUCCCGCCGAUCUGGCCGCUCCAAGCCCCCAGCCGACGAUCGCGCCAGAGCUUCCGACGCUGAAGAAAACGAAAACGAAAUCGACGACGCCGACGAAAUCACCCGCUGUGUAUGCGGACAUGAUGAACUCACCUCCAUAGAUCCCCAAGUCCAGCUGCUCCUACAACAAGAGUACCGGAUCAAGGUGGAUCUGGGCCUUUUCAUCCAGUGUGACAAGUGCCUGGUCUGGCAGCACGGUUACUGUGUUGGGCUUUUUGUAAACGAAGAUGUGCCAGAUAAGUACUGGUGUGAGCAGUGCAAGCCAGAACUCCACUUGGUGAUUCUGGUGCCACAGAAACAGCCUGGCCGGACGCUUUACAAACCAGCCAAUGAGAGCAGGACCCGAUUGAUGGAGGAGGAAAGCAGCCGAAACGAAAAGCGUGCUGCCACUAGGCUGCGAGGCAGAAGAAGCCCUUCAGAGAAAACACCCGAGGCAUCCAGAGAAACAGAUAGACAGUCACGCAAGGACAGGCGCCACGGCAACGAUUUCGAUGAACAGCUCCAGAAAGCCUUGCGUGAAAGCGCCAAGGCACUGGGUCGUAACGACAGGAAAAGACAAAGCGACCUGGAGCACACUGGAGGUGAAAAACGGUCUCAUUCGGAAACUUCUGAAAACGAGGUUGACGAGAGCAAUGCUGAUGAGGAAAGCGAGGCUACACAGAAGGAGGAUCGUGCCAGGCCGCAGAGACCAAAACCAAAGAGCAGACCAGCUUCAGCAAAGCCCAAGAACACAACGCCCAAGACAGAGAAGAACGCUGUCAACAAGGAAGAGCUUCUAAAUCAGCUGCUGAAACCACGUUUUGUGAACGACAAGUGCACGAUCUACGAGUUGAGGAAGCGCACGGGGGCCAUUCUUGAAUGGCUAGGGCGUACGCAAAUGGAGUUGGAGGAGGAGAGAGACUUGAAAAAGAGUCAGUUGGCAGAGGCCAAUUGUGAGGAGCCGUUCGUUUCGCAUUUUGAUGAGAACUUGAAGCUCAUGGAGAACUUGACAGAGAAGAUUCUCUCCUGGGAGCAGAAGUUCGGCAAGUAUGCACCUUGA